AUGAGUCAUUCGGAUGAUAAAGAGGAGGAAGAAGAAGUGUCUAACCAAGAAGAUACUGUGCCAGACUUGGAAGAGGCUUCCUCCAGUGUCCAAGCUGCUUCUGGUCCUGUGUUCAGUGAAGAAGAUGUAACUGCAUCAGUCGUGGCAAACAACUCCUUUGUCGCUGCGGUGGUCAUCUCAGAGAAGGAAGAUCCCAAUGGUGAUACCGUGAUUACCGCUCAUCAAGUCGAUGCUGGGGAUGAUCCUGAGCUUCAGGCUCCAGAUCGACAGCCAUCGAAUCAGCCUCCACCUCCAGCCGCGUCUGCUACGGAACAAACUACGACCAGCACUGUUGCCUCAAAUUCUGCCCCCGAAGAAUCACCGCUCAAUACCAAAAUCAUGGCCAUGAAGGAAGCCCGCAUUGCAACUGAGAAUAUGGAAGCUGGAUUAGCGAAUGAUACUGUUCCACAGCCUGCGACUACUCAACGAAAGAAUCGAAAGGGCAUGCUGUUGGGCAUUUGUCUCUGUCUGUUGGCUGUGAUUGGAAUCAUUGUUGCCCUUGUGGUAACCUUGUCGGGAAACGACGAAGAAACGAGAGAUGCUUCCUUUGCCAUUAAUGGCGCCACUGAAGCACCAUCUAUCACAGAGGAGAAACUGACAUCUGUGCCAACGACAACUCCCAAAGUUGCAACACCAGUGCCUACUACUCCCAGCCCAAGUCUGAAUCCUACAGCACCACCUACUCCUGAACCUCAGUUUUGUUUGCAGGGAUCCGACAAGUGCGGUGAUGGAGGUGCGUUUGGAUUCGGUGCGGACUGGAAAUCCUUGUCGUGUGUGGCCAAUACGCAGACACUCAAGUGUACCAUUGCGGCAUGCAACGAAGUCUUUCCCAUUGUUACUCCUUCACGUGUCUUGCAUAUGGUGAGUGAUACAACCAACCAGCGGAUUGAGUUUGUAGGAGAUGGUAGUUUCUUUCCCUUUGGCUUUGAAUUGUUUGAUGGAACCAGCCUCGUGUAUGAGGGAACUCCUACCGUCAGAAAUGCAAAGACGGAAGCGGACAUUGAAUUGCCAAUCUCCUAUUUUCCCAAUCUAGAAAACAUUCAGGUGUGGUUGGAGUCGUCGAUUAUAGAGCCAUUUAAUCCAGUCGACCGAUUGCCGGACCAGAUCACUCUAUCGUUCUCUCCUUGCUAG